AUGGCGGACGCCUUUGUGGAUCGACCCAACGUUUGGAGAGCAAUCAGUGGCUCGGCGAACCCUGCAAGCUUUCGACAUGAACUGCUUUUGCAGCUGUUUGAACGAAACCUUUGGCUGCAGAAGGAUUCUGGAUGUAGCCGUGUGAUACUGCAAGAUGGCAAGAUUCUGUGCUGCUUCAUGUUCGUGCCUCCGGGCACACCUGACAUCAGCUUCUGGCAGAUGUUGCAGGCUGGCAUUCUGAAGCUGCUAUUGAUCUUUGGCCCAUCAGCUUUUCGCAGACUGCUGCAAGCAAAGGCUGUUGAGGAGGGAGAAAUUAACGUAGAGGGAGCCUACAGACUGGAGCGUAUGGUGGUGGAGCCUUCUGUGCAGGGGAAGGGAAUCGGUACUCGUGCAUUGCAACUUGCACUGGCUGAGUCAGAUGCCGCUGGACACCCAGUGCUGCUCAAGACCAAUGAGGAACGGAAUGUGACCUUCUACCAGAGGCUUGGUUUCGAGGCGGCUGGUAGCUGCGGAUCGGUCGCCCUUGGCAAGCGAAGAAGAGCCUGCAAGAGGUUGGCAUGCCAUUUGACACGACGACAUGCCCGGGGCCAUGAAACUGUGAUCUAUGAGUUCUUUAGUGGUAUCGGCGGCCUGCGCCUCGCUUACAACGCUGCCAUAAAGUCGGGCUCUGACGACACUGGGGCCAGAUUCCGAGCCUAUGAGGUGGACGAGGUUUGUUGCCACGUCUACGGAGACCUCUAUGGUGCGAGCAAAGUUCUUGCAGCCCGAAGAGAGGAACCAUGGAAGAACGCGGAGCAGGAGGAGGAUGAACUUUGGCGGUGUUCCAUCGACAAGCUUCCAGAUGCAGCGUUUGAUGGAGCUGAUUUGUGGCUGAUGAGCCCACCGUGCCAACCAUUCACCCGCACCGGGCACCGCCGGGACGUGGCGGACCCGCGCUGCCGCGCUCUCCUGCGGCUGGUGGAGGCCUUGCCGUGCUUGAAAGCGCCACCCAAGGGCCUCUUGCUUGAGAAUGUGGUGGGUUUCCAGCACUCAGAGGCUCAUCGACGGCUGAGAUUUGCUUUGGAGCAAUCUGGCUAUGAAGUCUUUGAGACUGUGUUGGAUCCUCGAAACUUUGGUUUCCCCAACACGCGGCGGCGCUUCUAUCUCUUGGCCAAGCGGAUCAAGCGAUCCAACGGGCUGCUCAGCGGAGCUCACAGCGACCAUGGCUGCCCGGAUGGGCCACCAGCAGUGCCACCUCAACGCGUGGAUCACUUCUUAAAGGAAGCCCAUGACCUGCGGAUGCGCAAUGCACUGCAAGUGCCUAAAGCCUUGCUGGAAAAGGCCUUUGUGGAAGGUUGGCAGUUGGACCUGGCUGUUGGCAGUUCCUUAGUGACUAAGACCUUCACGGGAAGCUAUGGGAAGUUGGCCUAUGGCGCUGAAGGGCUCAGCAUGGCCGGGCCCCUGCUGCUGGAUGCUGAAGGGAAAGCGCCAAGGACUCGCUUCGCUUUCCCAAAGCCUGAGCAGUGGAAACAUGUGCGUUACUUUUCACCAAAGGAGAUGGCCAAUCUCAUGGGUUUUCCUGAUGAUUGGUCCCUGCCAGGCCGUUUGAAGUGCCGCACGCAAUGGCGGCUGGUGGGGAAUUCUGUCAAUGUCGCUGUGGUUGAAGAAGUUCUCCAUGUCGACAACGCCGACAACUACCUGCGUUACGCUGCGAAGCGCCAAAAGAUCCGGAAGGAUUUGGAGAACAAAGCACUGAGCGGCACGGAGAUUCUUCCACCAGCUUCCUCGGCGCCGGCAUCAGGGAAAUCUCCUCACAUCAAGACCCACGAGAUUUCCUUGAAGGGCUUGGUGUUUCAUCCCGAAGAGCCCAUCGAUUUUGAUCUCCAAGAGAGUUGGCUGUGGCACGGGACAAGAAAAGAAGGAGUUGAGGGAAUCACAAGCUCUGACUUUGACAUCAAACGGGCUGGCUCAGCUGCCGGUACCAUGUUUGGCCGUGGGCUCUACUUUGCUGAGAGUUGCAUGAAGUCUGAUGAGUAUACCGUGGCAGAUGAGAGGGGUUGGUACCCAUUGAUUCUUUGCCGUGUCACCUGUGGCCGAUUCUUCUACUGUGAUUGGAAACGUCCAUUUGACCACACGGACCAGCUUGAGGACGCAUGUCAUCACAAGGGCUUCCACUGUGUCCUGGGAGACCGAGAGAAGGUCUCUGGCACAUACCGGGAGUACAUUGUCUUUGACAAUGACCAGGUGGAACGAGUGGCUGUUUCACUCAAGGGCACAUGA